AUGAAUAGUUACAGCUGUCACUCCUUGAUACAGAACCGAAUAAUUCAGCCUAAAAGUCACAACUCACAAAAAUUAUUUAGAGAAAAACUACUGAAUGCCUCAAGUUUGUUUCACAGUGAUAUAAAAGGGCAUUUUGGUUGUGUGAAUGCUAUAGAAUUCUCAAAUAAUGGAGGAAACAUGAUAGCUUCAGGAGGAGAUGAUAGAAGAGUAUUAUUAUGGAAUACACAGAAAGCUAUGUGGAGAAAGGGAAGUCCAAGCUGUAUGAAAUCAGAACAUAGAAGUAAUAUAUUUUGUAUAGCUUUUGAUAAAGAUAAUGAGAAAAUUUUCUCUGGAGGGAAUGAUGAACAAGUAUUUGUCCAUGAUGCUGCUACAGGUAAUCCAGUAGAUAAUUUUAUGCAUGAAGAUGCUGUGUAUGGAUUAUCCACAGAUCCCAAUAAUCCCCAUGUAUUUGCCAGUGCUUGUGAUGAUGGUAGAAUAUUAAUAUAUGAUAUUAGAGAACCAGCUGAUUCAGAGCCAUUCUGUUUAGCCAAUUAUGUUUCUUCCAUGCAUUCUGUAAUGUAUAACCCUCUAGAUCCACGUCUAGUAGCAACAGCUAAUGUUAGAGAAGGCAUUGGUUUAUGGGAUGUUAGAAAACCCAAAAGUUGCAUUAUGAGAUAUGGUGGAGAAUUUGAACAACAAAGUUGUAUGAGUGUUAGAAUUAACAACCAGGGUACUCAGAUAUUAGCGUUGCGUAGACGUUUACCUCCAGUCAUAUAUAAUAUAGAUAGUAAAUCACCAGUAGUAGAGUUUGACCAUACUGGUUAUUUUAAUUCCUGUACAAUGAAAUCUUGCUGCUUUGCUGGUGACAGAGAUCAGUAUAUUUUAUCUGGUUCAGAUGAUUUUAAUGUUUAUAUGUGGGCUAUUCCUCCUGAUUUAUCUACCAGUAAUAAUUUUUUUUGCACAGGGCAGUAUAUAAACAAGGCUCACCUGGUAUUAAAAGGCCAUAGAUCAAUUGUAAAUCAAGUUAGAUUUAACAGAGAUAAUGGGUUAAUUAUAUCUUCUGGUGUAGAAAAAACUAUCAAGGCAUGGUGUGCUUUUCCACUGAAUGUACCAGACGAAAUAGAGGAUAAUGAUGAAUUGUUAAACAGUAAUGGUGAACGACCAGUCUUUACACACGAGGAAUAUAUUAAUCUUAUGUUACGAAGUGGACAUGUAAUGUCACAUGACUAUACACAACAAUCUACUGAGGAGGACCCUAGAAUGAUGGCAUUCUUUGAUUCUUUAGUACAACGUGAGAUGGAGUCUUGGAGUUCUAGUGAAGAGUUUUCAAGUAAUGAAGAGGAACUU